AUGAUCUCUACAAUACAACCCCUAUGGCCAAUAUUAAUCAAGUCUGAAACCCCAAAACUAAACUCCGAAUUCUGGUGUUCCUCAUUAGAAUCGUUCAAUUCUGCGAAAGAGAAUAGUUUGAAGAAGAUGCAAGGUGGAAGAGGAAGAGGAAGAGGAAGUGGAAGAGGUAAUCCUUUCUUUGGUUUUGGUGAUCCUUUUUCUGGUUUUGGGGGUAUGCCUAGCUUAUUUGGAGGACGAGACCCAUUUGAUGAUCCUUUCUUCACACAACCAUUUGGUGGAAUCUUCUCGGGGAGUCCUUUCAUGGACUUGAAUCCAUUUGGAUCAAGCUUAUUUGGUCCAAGAGCAAGCCCUUUCAUCAAUCAACAACCACCUAGAAUUCAUGAAACCCGACCUUCACUCCCAAACAACUCAAGGGGACCAAUUAUUGAAGAACUGAACUCUGAUGAUGAAAGUGAGCAACCUGAUGAUGAACACAAUAAGAAAGAGAAUCCUGGAACACAUUUUAGGUCUGAGAUACAACCUUACAUUGAGCAUCCAGAUGAUGAAUUUGAAGGUGGAGAAAGAAGGGGGACACAAUUUGGGAAUGAUUUCAGUAUUAUGAAUAAUAACACACACAAUCAUCCACAAACACAUAGUUUCACCUUUCAGAGCUCUACUGUAACGUAUGGUGGUUCUAAUGGAGCAUACCAUACUUCCUCUACAACCAGAAGGAGUGGCAGUGAUGGACUGAGAUUUGAAGAAUAUAAAGAAGCUGAUUCAUUCACUGGGGAGGCAGCUCAUAGGCUUUCUAGGGGUAUUCAUGACAAGGGCCAUACGCUAGCAAGGAAUCUGAAAUCAGAUGGUAAGGUGGAUACAAUGCAGGUUUUGCACAACAUCAAUGAAGAUGAGGUUGAUGGGUUUGAAGAGGCUUGGAAAGGAAAAGCUAGGAAGCAUUUACCUGGCUGGAUUGGUGGACCGAGUAUUAAUGAAGGGUUGGGUGAGGGAAGCAGAAGCACAAGGGCACUGCCUUCAACUGAGGGCACAAGGGGACAUGAAGUAAGCUCCUCUGUAGUGGGUGUCAGAAGGAAACCAGAUGCUGCUGAACAUGCACAGUCUUCAAAGAUCAGAAGACAUUGAGACGAAUGUAACAGCUGAGCUAAUAUAUAGUAGUAUAUUAGCUCAACUGUUACACUAGUUUCCAAGACUGAGUUUAUUAAGAGAGCCAACAUUUGUAUUUUAUGUGUUUUAUGGCAUGAAUGUUUGUGGCUUUUCAUCUGUUAGGCUCAAAAACGUUGAAUGAAAAUAUGCUAA